CUUCGUAAAACCUUUCUCGUGCUUCGGAAUCAAGUAUCUUCGAUGCGAUUCUGAAUCAAACCUACUGGAAAAAACGAACUAAGCUCCGGCGUCUCUAAUGGCAGAUGAUGGCUCCGCGUCUAAUCGAAGAGACCCAAUUAAGUCCUCAGUUGGGAAUGUUGCGGGACAAAGAAGGCGGCAACAAGCUGUUACGGUGGCCAAGGAAAGAAGAGAAUCACUGGUUCGGGCGAAGCGGCUUUGUAGGGUUGGUACUAAUGGCGGAGAUGAUGAGGAUGCUCGUGUUGAGAAUGAGAUGAUGAUUGAUGAAGAGCAGCCAGUUUUGGAGGCUCAAACAGUUAAAGCCGUGGAAGAGCUCAAGUCUGCUGUUCAAUCUCAGGGAAAAGGUGCAAUGCAGAAGAGGGUGACUGCUCUUAGAGAACUCAGGCGUUUACUGUCGAAAUCAGAGUUCCCUCCUAUUGAUGCUGCGCUCACCGCGGGUGCAAUACCUUUGCUUGUGCAGUGUCUUUCAUUUGGCUCUCCUGAUGAACAGUUACUUGAGUCAGCUUGGUGCCUAACUAACAUCGCUGCUGGAAAACCUGAAGAAACAAAAGCUCUGUUGCCUGCACUGCCGUUGCUCAUUGCUCACCUUGGAGAAAAGAACUCUGCCCCGGUGGCUGAGCAGUGUGCUUGGGCGAUUGGUAAUGUUGCGGGUGAAGGAGAAGAGUUGAGGAAUGUACUUUUGUCUCAAGGGGCUUUGCCACCUCUUGCACGUAUGAUUUUUCCCGACAAGGGUUCAACUGUAAGAACAGCUGCAUGGGCAUUGUCAAAUCUCAUUAAGGGACCUGAAUCAAAAGCAGCAGCGCAGCUUGUCAGAGUCGAUGGGAUAGUUGACGCAAUUCUCCGACACUUGAAAAAAACGGAUGAAGAAAUUGCCACAGAAAUUGCUUGGAUCGUUGUUUACCUUUCUGCCCUCUCAGAUAUAGCUACAAGCAUGCUUUUGAAGGGGGGCAUUCUUCAAUUACUUGUCGAAAGAUUAGCAACUUCAGACAGUCUACAGCUUCUCAUCCCGGUUCUACGAAGUUUAGGCAACUUUGUCUCUGUUGAUCCCAAAGCAAUGUUAACCAUCCUUAUCGGUGGACAGAACACUGAAGAAAACGCCAUUAAUGUGCUUGGAAAGUGCUUAAGAAGCGAACACCGAGUCUUGAAGAAGGAAGCUGCGUGGGUGUUAUCUAAUAUAGCUGCGGGAUCUAUUGAACACAAGAGAGUGAUACACUCAUCUGAAGCAAUGCCGUUGCUGCUACGGCUUCUCUCGACAUCACCCUUUGAUAUAAAGAAAGAAGUUGCCUAUGUCUUGGGAAACCUGUGUGUAGAAUCUGCAGAAGGGGACGCAAGACCGAGGAUAAUUCAAGAGCACUUAGUCUCCAUUGUCAGUGGCGGUUGCCUCCGGGGUUUUAUUGACCUGGUCAGAUCUCCUGAUAUAGAAGCUGCUAGGCUUGGUCUUCAGUUCAUUGAGCUGGUUUUAAGAGGAAUGCCAAACGGAGAAGGUCCAAAGCUUGUGGAAGGAGAAGACGGGAUAGAUGCAAUGGAGAGGUUCCAGUUCCACGAAAACGAAGAGCUGAGAGUCAUGGCAAACAGUCUUGUGGAUAAAUACUUUGGUGAAGAUUAUGGAAUCAAUGAAUGAAGUCGUCUCAGAGUUUAAAUCAUGUGGGAUGAUGGAAUCAAAGGAAACCAGUCAUCGUAGCUUUUGCUUGUAACGAAAGAAAGUGUGAAAGAGAGUUUUGACAUUUAUUUAGGGGUUGGUUCAUGUUGUUGUUGUAACUUGUAAUACAGUUCUGUCUCACAAGUUGAGGAUUUUUGCAUUAGUGUUACAAGCAGGAGGCCAGUGAAUGCAAUAGUAGAUGU